AUGAAUGGGACAGCUAUUGAAAAUUUUGUGUGUGUGAUUUAUAAUGUUUCCUUCAUGAACUGCACUUGGCAUGUAGACAGGACAGCUCAGGGAGAUACCCAAUAUUUUCUGUACUGGAAGUAUUCAAGGAUAGAAGAUUUCAUGGAAUGCCAGAAUUACAUCAAAGAUAAUUGGAGAAGGCAUACGGGAUGUAGGUUCCAAAAUGUGACAAUUAAAAAUAACAGAGCUGAUUUCCUGGUAAAUGCAUCUAGAAGUGGACAAACCAUUCAGUCCUAUAAGACUAGCAUUCCUUUGUACACAAUUGAAAAGCUCACCCCUCCUUCAAAUAUCACUGUGAACUGUACUGGAGUUUCAUAUGGUUGUGAAAUUCAGUGGCAACCACCUCGCACAAGUCAUGUUGAAAGGGAUGGUUGCUUCAAAUAUGAAAUCGACAUAGAAAACACGGCUGAUCCUGAGAAAAACAUCAAAGACCCAUCCAAACCUACCACCACGACACAAAGAUCCUACAGAUUCCCAAACUACAAUGCGGAAAAAAGGUACCAGGUCAAAAUCAGAGCAACUGACAGUGGCUGUUUAGUGAGCACAAACUGGGGGGAAUGGAGUACGCCCAUUGAGUUUGGAAGAGAACAGCUUAUGUCUACUUCAGGAUAUACUGUAUUUCUGCUGUCAAUGAUAACAGCAAGUCUCAUGCUUUUUCUCUGCCUAGCCACCUAUUUUCUAAAAAAGAAGUCUGCUCCGGUACCACAGCCAAAAGACCCAUUCCAUGAUAUCUCUUCUAUGAAUUUUCAGACAGACUAUGAGAAUCAAUUAAUAAAGCAAGAACCUGAAGAAAUAAUAACAACAGUUGAUGAAAUGGCAUAA